AUGAAGGUCCUACUUACCUUCUUCACUUUAAGUGUGGUGGAGUUUGCGAGCGCAUCUUUGCCACAUCUGGAUGGAUGUCGUAUUGUUGGUGGAUAUGAGGCUGACAUCAAGGAUAUUCCAUUUCAAGUGUCCCUUCAAGCUUCAUUUCACUUCUGUGGUGGUUCUCUGAUUGCAAAACGUUUCGUUUUGACUGCCGCCCAUUGCAUCAAUGGCCACCAGGAAUAUGAACCAAUCUUCGGGGUACGAAUUGGUUCAUCUAUGUCUGACAGGGGAGGAUUGAUGGCUAAGGUUCUACGCAUACAUCGACAUGAGAAGUUCAAUUUUAAUACUCUCGAUUAUGAUUUUGCCAUAUUGGAAUUGAAGGAUUAUGACUUGAAGGAUUUGUCCUUUGAAAUGCAAUACGCCAAAUUACCCACUCGCAAUCAGGUACCUGAUGGCACAAUGUUAACAGCCUCUGGAUGGGGUAGUACAACAAAUCCUGAUGAUGACACACGUAUUUUAAGAGCCGUGCAUGUGCCCAAAGUUAAUGAGAAUAUUUGUGAGAUCGUCUAUAAGAGCCGCAUUACAGAUCGCAUGUUGUGUGCUGGUUUGGUUAGAGGAGGCAAGGAUUCAUGUCAAGGCGAUUCAGGUGGUCCCUUGGUUCGCAAUCGCACUUUAGUGGGUGUUGUUUCUUGGGGUGUAGGCUGUGCUCAACCCCAUUAUCCAGGUGUGUAUGCUCGUGUUUCUACGGUGCUGCCUUGGAUUGCUGAGAAGACCGGCCUCAAUCUGUAA